AUGCUUCAUCCCCAACAAGAACAAGACCCACAUCUCCUCUCUCAGAUACACUUACCUGCUGCAAGAAUGGCAGAUGCUCUUGUUCAGGUGGCUAUCGAAAAUCUGACCAACAUCAUCCAACAAGAGCUGAGUUUGGUUUGUGGUGCCCCACAACAACUGAAAAAUCUAUCUUCUACAUUCCAAGCCAUUCAAGCAGUUCUUCAUGAUGCAGAGACCAGGCAAGUGAAUGAUGAGAAAGUCCGAGAUUGGUUAGGAAAGCUCAAAGAUGUCGCCUACGAUGUCGAUGACUUCUUAGACGAGUGGGAGCCAACGGCCCACCGAUCGUGGGAAAGCGAUAGUGGCCGCAUCAGAAACAAGGUAAGAACAUGCUUGUUUUGGCCUCGUUCUUGUUUCAGUCGGGUCAUGUCGCGUUACAAUCUUGCUCAUGGGAUAAAGGAAUUAAAGGAGAGAUUAGAUCAAAUUGCAGAUGAAAAAAAUAAGUACAAUUUCAAUAGUAGUGAGAGUUCGAGCCAGGUCAGUAGGCUUGAGAUAGGCAGAUUUCAGACGAGCUCGCUUGUAGAUGUAUCGCAUGUAAUUGGUAGGGUUGAAGAUAAAGAUAUGAUAGUGAGUAAGUUGGUAAGUGGGAGUAGUCGUGAGGAGGGAUGUAUACCUGUAAUUUCAAUUGUGGGCAUUGGAGGAUUGGGUAAGACGACCCUCGCUAGAUUGGUCUGUAAUGAUGAGAAGGUGAGGAGCCAUUUCCAGAAGGUUCUUUGGGUUUGUGUGUCUGAGGAUUUUGAUUUGAAGAGGCUUACCAAGGCAAUUAUUGAAGAUGCAGAAGGCGUUAGUACUACCCUUUCAGAACUGAACCCGUUGCAGAAUAAGCUUAUCGGAACAUUGCGAGGGAAGCUGAUUUUGCUUGUCCUUGAUGAUGUAUGGAAUGACGAUAAAGAGAAGUGGGAGGAAUUGCGGCUUCCCUUCCAAAGCAGCAUGAAUGGCAGUAGAAUUCUGGUUACCACUCGUAGCAACAAGGUUGCGAGUAUGAUGGAUGCAUCCUAUUUACAUAAAUUGGGAGGUUUAUGCGACGAUGAUUGUUGGUUGCUGUUCAGAAGGAGAGCUUUCAUCGGGUGGGAAAUGGAACAUUGUCUGGAGUUAGAAAGGAUCGAAAAGAUCGGCAAGGAGAUAGUGAAGAAUUGUAAAGGAGUGCCUCUUUCAGCAAAGGUAAUUGGAAGUGCGAUGAAUUCGAAGAGGACGGCACAAGAUUGGCAGAACAUCUUAGAAAGUGAGACAUGGGCUUUAAGGGACGUUGCAAAAGGCAUUUUACCAGCUCUAUUGCUAAGCUACUACAACUUGCCCACACAUCUGAAGCAGUGUUUUGCAUAUUGCUCGAUAUUUCCGAAAGAACAUGACUUGGAGAAGGAUACAUUGGUCAAGCUGUGGUUAGCCCAAGGUUUUAUCAGGUCGGAGGGAAAUAGAGAUAUGGAAGAAAUCGGCAGAGAGUACUUCGAUGAUUUACUGGCACGGUCUCUAUUUCAAGAUGUGGAGCUUGGAAGAGUCAGUUGCAAAAUGCAUGAUCUCCUUCACGAUCUCGCUGAAUUCAUUACAAAGAAAGAAUGUCAGAUCAUCGAGAUUGGAAAGUCGGACUUGGGCUCCGUUGAGGCUCGUCAUUCAUCCUUGAUUGUCUCUGACGAUGUCUCAAUCAUUCCCACCCCUUUGUGCAAUGUGAAGAAACUGAGAACGUUCCUACUAAUUGGGCCUUCCAAAAUCGAUACAGUCCCUCUUGAUUUGUUCGAACAUGUAAGGUUCCUUAGGUCAUUGGAUUUCAGUUGGACUGACAUUAAAAGAUUGCCAAGCUCAAUUGGGAAUUUGAAGCAUUUAAGAUAUCUGAAUUUGUCUUCAUCGGGUAUAGAAGAGUUGCCUGAAUCAAUGAGUCACCUCAGCAAUUUGCAGACAUUGAAACUCAAUGGCUGUAGGAGCCUCUGUAAACUCCCAAGAAGGAUGAGCGCUAUGGUCAGUUUGAGACAUCUUGAAAUUGAACGAACUGAUAAACUUGAGCAUUUACCCGAAGGACUGGGGAAAGUAACUUCCCUCCGAACGCUGAGCAAGUUCGUCGUGGGUGGCGACAGAGGAUGUAUGAUUGGAGAGCUGAAACACCUUAACUUGCUUCAAGAAAAUCUUGAAAUUAAGAGCUUGGAGAGAGUGGCAAGUGGCGAUGAGGCCAAGGAAGCAGAACUGGAGAAGAAGUUGCGACUUCGCAGAUUGUCUUUACAAAUGUCUGGAGAUGGCAAUGUGGAGAGCAUGAACGAUGUGUUUGAGUGCCUCAGACCGCCCUGUACGAACCUAGAAGAGUUGGAAAUACAGAACUACAUUGGUUCCAAAUUCCCGACUUGGAUGGAUGACUCAUCUUUGUCGAGUUUGGUUAAGGUGGAACUAGUCAACUGCAAUAACUGCACACAGCUACCUCAGCUCGGGAAGUUACCUUCUCUCAAACACCUUGAAAUACAGGGAAAUCGUGUCAAACUAGUGGGACGUGAGUUUUAUGGGAACAGUGGGAAUCGUGGCGGCAAAAGGGUGGCAUUCCCAAAACUGGAAGAGCUCUAUUUCCGCUCCAUGCCUAAAUUCAAGGAGUGGGAGUUGAGAUUGGAAGAAGGAGAAAUAAUGCCAUCUCUGCUCAAAUUAGUAAUACGAUUUUGUGCCAAAUUGAAGGCACUGCCACAGAGCCUCCCAAAUACUCUAAGACACCUUGAAAUUGAGGAAUGUAGUAAAAUCAACGGGAUUUCAUGCUCUCUACCGCUUCUUACAAAUUUCCAACUAUGCGGUAGUGAUGGAAUUCUGUUGAGGCCAUUACCAGGUCUCCUAAACCUCAGGAAAUUUGAGAUCGGUGGUCUACCGAAUGCGACGUCACUUCCCGAUGGGUGGGAACAAUUGGAGGCACUGGAGAGUCUCAGUGUCUCCUUUUGCUCCAAAUUGAGGUCUUUGCCGGACAGGUUGAGACAGCUCAAGAUGCUCAAGAGGCUCGACAUCUCCAAUUGCCCCAAGUUGGGGUCCUUGCCUGAAGGGUUGCAAGACCUCAGGGCACUCGAAGAUUUGGAAAUCAAUGGAUGUCGACUUCUGGUGGAGAGAUGCAAAGAAGGAGGAGAGGAUUGGCACAAGAUAGCACACGUCGCCAAUGUCUGGGUCGAUGGCAACAAAAUCCAAUGA